AUGUCGCAACAGCAACAACAACAACAGCAGCAGCAGCAGCAGCAUUGUGGCGCUCAGAGCAGUGCCGUCACUGCCGCCAGACAUGAGGCAACGGUGGAGGACAACUUUGCUGCCAUGCGUCACGCGGCGAUGUCGAUGUUCAAGCAGCGCACAAAGGAUCUCACAAUGGUGUCCGCCUUGACGGCUGAGGCAGAGGAAGUAGAGCAGCUCAACAAUCAGGUGCAGUCGACUAUUAACCAGAUGCAGGAGCAGAAGGCGGCUCUGGAGGCACAGAUUGAGACAGAAGAACGGCGUGUAAAGGCGCGGGAGGAGCAUUUGCGCGAGGUACACGCGAUGCUCGCACAGAUGAAGGAAGACCAGAGCGUCUUCUUGGGAGUGCAGCGCGCCUCCGAGAAGGUGAUCAUGACGCUGCGGAGCUUUGUCACGCGGUACACCGCCAAGGAUGGCGAUAUUUCGCGUCUUCUGGAGCGCUCCCACGAACGCGUGCAGGGGCGGGCACCGAAUGAGUGGCGGGCGGCGGGGAACGAUCUCCGCAGACGCCAGGCGCUGCUGCAGGAACACGCCAAGCACAUGGAGCGGCACCACACCGUCCCGCACGGCUUUGGCGAGGUGCUGCUCGAGUGGUCGCGUGGGGUGUGGCAGCAGCAGCCUGAGUUCGCCCCCGCGCUACUGGUGUGCGAGCAGCUGUUGCACUAUGAUGCGGCAGCAGCGGCCCGCGCAAACAUGCCGCCGCCGCCGCCUGCGUGCUGCGACUCCGCAGGCGAAGUGGCGUGCGCUGCACAGGCAGAGGCGAGUUUGCGUGAGCUUGACGCUCUCGUCACGGUGGGCACGGCGAUGGAGCAGGAGAGUGAAGCCGUGGGCCUCUGCUGCGCCGUUGUCCCGCGCGAGCGGGUUGACGCGCUUCAUGCGCAGUGGCAGGCGGUCCUCCAGUCCUGUGUGGGCCUUGACGAGGCGGCCGCCGCGUCGAGUGAGAUCACACGACAGCUGGAGGAGGAGCUUGCAUUGGUGGCACUCCUCUCACAACGCGCGCUCGUGCUGGAGGCGCAGGUGGCGGGAGCCGAGGCCAACGUGCAACAUGAGGCUGUCACAAUGCAGCAUGAGACUGAUAUGCAUGACAGCCUGCUCUCAUCCUGGCGCAAGGCGCUGCAGACGUCGCUGGCGCACAUGCAGCAGGAGGCCACAUAUCAGGCCGCAGUGUGUGCGAGUGAUGGCGAGGCGGCGCGGCUGGAGGCGGAGUUGGACGCACAGACAGCGGCCAUGGAGGCGCAGUGGAUGGCUCUUCACACACAGGCAACACAACUGUACACGGCACUCUUGCUGGAGGAGCAGGAGAGAGUGGUGGCGUUGUGUGACUUGCGGGGCGCAGAAGACGAGCAGAGGGCCGAAGAGGCACGGCUGCUUACUCUCCGCGACGAGGCUGCCGCACUCGAAAGCGCAUUGCGGCAGGAAUGUGAGAAGAUGAGCCGCGGCCCUUUUGCUGACCCGCACGACGCCCUCCAGGCACUGGAACCACAAGGUGAGGAUGCGCAGAAGGAGGGGGGAGAAGAAGAACAAGCGGAGGAGGCGGAUGCUGCGCGUCUUGAUGCAGAGAGCAAGCUGCUGCUGCAGGAGCUUCAACGCUGUGCAGAUGAGGGGGAGGGCAGAGACGGCGUCGAUGCCGCGAUCAUGCGGCGCGUGACUGAAUGCGCGGCGGCGCUGCAGCAAGAGACAGACAGGGCGGCGGCAGCCCACCAGGCCUGGCUGCUCAGCACGGAUGAGGAGCUUGCUGAUCUAUCCGCCGAUGGGUAA